CUCAGCCCGGCGGAUGACGUCACGCGCCCCGCCAGCACCAGCCGAUCCCGGUGGGGGAAGGUGGUUGUUUCCGGCCGAGCGCCAGCUCCGAGAUGACAACGUUGCGCGCGUUUUGCUGCGACGACCUGUUUCGGUUCAACAACAUAAAUUUGGAUCCACUUACAGAAACUUAUGGAAUUCCCUUCUACCUUCAGUAUUUGGCUCAUUGGCCAGAAUAUUUUAUUGUCGCUGAAGCACCAGGAGGAGAGUUGAUGGGAUACAUAAUGGGGAAAGCUGAAGGAUCAGUGGCAAGAGAAGAAUGGCAUGGACAUGUAACAGCAUUAUCUGUAGCUCCAGAAUUCAGACGUUUGGGAUUAGCAGCUAAACUGAUGGAACUGUUGGAGGAGAUAUCUGAAAGAAAAGGAGGAUUCUUUGUGGAUCUAUUUGUACGAGUAUCCAAUCAAGUGGCUGUGAAUAUGUACAAACAGCUUGGCUACAGUGUGUACAGGACUGUGAUAGAGUACUACUCAGCUAGCAACGGAGAACCUGAUGAAGAUGCUUAUGAUAUGAGAAAGGCCUUAUCAAGAGAUAAAGAGAAGAAAUCAAUAAUUCCUCUUCCUCACCCGGUUAGGCCUGAAGAUAUUGAAUAGCUUUAAGCUGUGGUUCUUGGGAAAUCUAUAAUAAAGACGAGCAUUGAGGGAGAAAUUAAAGGAUCAUUGGUAAUAUUUUUGUUUGAUUGUAAAUCUGCCCCAAUGAUUCAGUAUGUGCAUAAAUACUAAGUUAUGACUUCAUGAUAAAUUUGAGGUAUAGCAUUCUAUGGGCCCCAAGAGCCACAGCUUAAACAGGAAAUGUUUGAUUAGUUUUACUCUUGCAGAUGAGUCUUGGUGAUGCACUGUAUGUAUGCAGAUUAAAUAAAGAUUUGUGUGAGAUUUAA